ACAGAGAGAGGUGAGAGAGAGAGACUGAGAGGAGGGAAAGAAAAGGAAAGAGAGAGAAAAGACGCAAGAAGAGAGAGGUAAAGCUUUAGCAUCCUUCUAGUACAAAAACCUUGAAUGCAAUAGAGUUUUCCUUUUGGGCAACUGCCACCCCUGAGAGGAAAGAGAGAAUCACCGUCGUUCCAACUCUGACGUUUCCAACUAGAAGUUACAGACUUAAGCCAGUGUUAAUAUACGGAUGGUAAUGGUAUGCAGUCCACAGUGAAAAAUAUCCCUGGGCUGAAGAAGUGCAACUGGAUGUUGUGUGUGUGUUCAAUACAAGAAGCUCCUAUAUCCUGUGGGUAACAGAGGCAAAAUGUGGAGAGAAUGACUGACGACAAAUCUGUGAAUUUGUUCUCCGGAGUUGCUAAUUUGCCAGCCCGAAGCAACACAUUUCUCAAGAAGGAAACGUUUUGCUGCUUGUGAAUUCUCUCCAAACUGGUGCUACCAGAUGCAUUGUGUUGGAACAAAUCAUUGCAAACUGCAGCAUAUUGAGAAAGGUAGAGAGAGAGAACUAACUUGCUGUUUCCAAAUAAGAAAUGAGAUGUAAUGCAUCCUAGAGUCCAUGUACGCCUUCUCUUGCAAAUUGUGUACCAUUCCUGAGCGGGAACCUUUAAAUCCUAAAAUCCAGGAAAAGAAAAUAAAUACAUUAUCAUGGACCUGAGGGAUUUUUACCUGUUGGCCGCUCUGAUUGCCUGUUUAAGGCUGGAUUCUGCUAUAGCCCAAGAACUUAUUUACACUAUCAGAGAGGAGCUGCCUGAAAAUGUACCCAUAGGAAAUAUACCAAAGGACUUGAACAUUUCUCACAUCAAUGCUGCCACGGGGACCAGUGCCAGCCUCGUCUACAGACUGGUUUCUAAAGCUGGGGAUGCCCCUUUGGUCAAAGUGUCCAGUAGCACUGGGGAAAUCUUUACCACCUCUAAUAGAAUAGACAGAGAAAAACUCUGUGCUGGAGCUUCAUAUGCUGAAGAGAAUGAAUGUUUCUUUGAACUUGAAGUGGUGAUUCUCCCCAAUGAUUUCUUUAGACUGAUCAAAAUAAAAAUAAUUGUAAAGGAUACCAAUGACAAUGCACCAAUGUUCCCAUCUCCUGUCAUCAAUAUCUCCAUUCCAGAAAACACUUUGAUCAACAGCCGAUUUCCAAUCCCAUCAGCCACAGAUCCUGACACAGGUGUCAAUGGUGUGCAGCACUAUGAAUUGUUAAAUGGGCAGAGUGUAUUUGGGUUGGAUAUCGUGGAAACACCAGAGGGAGAGAAGUGGCCCCAAUUGAUUGUACAGCAAAACUUGGAUAGAGAGCAGAAAGAUACCUAUGUGAUGAAAAUCAAAGUGGAAGAUGGAGGCACCCCUCAGAAAUCCAGCACAGCCAUACUGCAAGUCACAGUAAGUGAUGUUAAUGACAACAGGCCAGUGUUUAAAGAGGGUCAGGUGGAGGUUCAUAUUCCAGAAAAUGCCCCUGUAGGUACUUCUGUCAUUCAGCUUCAUGCCACUGAUGCAGAUAUAGGAAGCAAUGCAGAAAUCCGAUAUAUUUUUGGUGCCCAAGUUGCUCCUGCAACCAAAAGACUCUUUGCUUUAAAUAAUACUACAGGGCUGAUUACAGUUCAGAGGUCCUUAGACCGAGAGGAGACUGCCAUUCACAAAGUGACCGUGCUGGCUAGUGAUGGUAGCUCCACUCCUGCCCGGGCAACAGUUACUAUUAAUGUCACUGAUGUAAAUGAUAACCCUCCUAACAUAGACCUCAGGUACAUUAUAAGUCCCAUCAAUGGCACAGUGUACUUAUCCGAGAAAGAUCCUGUCAAUACAAAGAUUGCCCUAAUUACAGUUUCAGAUAAGGACACUGAUGUGAAUGGCAAAGUGAUCUGUUUCAUUGAAAGAGAGGUCCCAUUUCACUUGAAGGCAGUUUACGACAACCAGUAUUUGUUAGAGACCUCUUCCUUGUUGGACUAUGAGGGCACCAAAGAAUUCAGCUUUAAAAUUGUUGCCUCUGAUUCUGGGAAGCCCAGUUUGAACCAGACUGCUCUGGUAAGAGUUAAGCUGGAGGAUGAAAAUGACAACCCUCCAAUUUUCAGCCAGCCUGUAAUUGAGCUGUCAGUUUCUGAAAACAACCGACGGGGGCUAUACUUAACAACUAUUAGUGCCACAGACGAAGACAGUGGGAAAAAUGCAGACAUUGUUUAUCAGCUUGGACCGAAUGCCUCCUUCUUUGAUCUGGACAGAAAGACAGGGGUCUUGACAGCCUCCAGAGUUUUUGACCGGGAAGAGCAAGAAAGGUUCAUUUUUACUGUAACUGCUAGGGACAAUGGGACCCCUCCCCUGCAGAGUCAAGCUGCUGUGAUAGUUACUGUGCUGGAUGAGAAUGAUAAUAGUCCUAAGUUUACUCAUAAUCACUUUCAGUUCUUUGUAUCUGAGAACUUACCAAAGUAUAGUACGGUUGGGGUGAUCACUGUGACAGAUGCAGAUGCUGGGGAAAAUAAAGCUGUGACCCUUUCUAUCCUGAAUGACAAUGAGAAUUUUGUCUUGGAUCCUUACUCUGGGGUUAUAAAGUCAAAUGUCUCCUUUGACCGAGAACAGCAGAGCUCCUACACCUUUGAUGUCAAGGCCAUUGAUGGAGGGCAACCACCCCGUUCCUCUACUGCUAAGGUUACCAUCAAUGUCAUGGAUGUCAAUGACAAUAGCCCUGUUGUCAUCUACCCACCUUCUAAUACUUCUUUCAAGUUGGUACCACUUUCAGCCAUCCCGGGCUCAGUGGUAGCAGAAGUGUUUGCUGUGGAUAUUGACACUGGAAUGAAUGCUGAACUUAAAUAUACAAUAGUCAGUGGGAACAACAAAGGCUUAUUCCGUAUUGACCCAGUGACAGGCAACAUUACUUUGGAAGAAAAACCAGCUCCCACGGAUGUGGGGCUGCACCGUUUAGUGGUCAACAUAAGUGACCUGGGGUAUCCUAAGUCUUUGCAUACCCUCGUGCUUGUAUUUUUGUAUGUCAAUGACACUGCAGGAAAUGCUUCUCAUAUCUAUGACUUGAUUCGGAGGACUAUGGAGACCCCCUUGGACAGGAACAUAGGGGAUAGUAGUCAACCCUAUCAAAACGAAGACUAUCUCACAAUCAUGAUUGCCAUUGUGGCAGGGGCCAUGGUGGUCAUAGUGGUGAUCUUUGUCACCGUCCUGGUUCGCUGUCGCCAUGCAUCUCGGUUCAAAGCGGCUCAGAGGAGCAAGCAAGGUGCUGAGUGGAUGUCUCCUAACCAGGAGAACAAGCAGAACAAGAAAAAGAAAAGGAAGAAAAGGAAGUCACCUAAGAGUUCCCUUUUGAACUUUGUUACCAUCGAGGAGUCCAAACCUGAUGAUGCAGUCCACGAACCUAUCAACGGGACCAUAAGCCUGCCAGCAGAGCUGGAGGAGCAAAGUAUAGGAAGAUUUGACUGGGGCCCGGCACCACCAACAACCUUCAAGCCAAACAGCCCUGACCUAGCUAAGCAUUACAAAUCUGCCUCUCCACAAUCUGCUUUUCAUCUCAAACCAGACACUCCAAUAUCAGUGAAAAAGCACCACGUGAUUCAGGAACUUCCCCUGGACAACACCUUUGUCGGGGGUUGUGACACCCUUUCGAAACGAUCUUCCACUAGUUCAGACCACUUCAGUGCCUCAGAGUGCAGUUCCCAAGGAGGUUUCAAGACAAAGGGCCCCUUACACACCAGACAGGUUCUUGGGAGAAAAUGCUGUCACCAGCAGUCACCUUACAAGCAUGACCAUCCUGAAAAUGUCUUUAUCUUGCUUUUGUGUAAUUCACACAGCAAAGGUGACAGUAUUCCUGUCACUCCUCAGAAAUGUCCCAGCUCUGCGGGUUUCCACAUUCAGGAGAAUGAAGAAAGCCAUUAUGAGGCACUGAAUUUUGGAGAUAUGCCGAAGUACUUGUGGGAGAUUUGGGUACCUGACAAACCAUGGGUGUCUCAGCGCCGUGUUACGUUUCACCUCCCUGAUGGUUCUCAAGAAAGCUGCAGUGACAGUGGUCUAGGAGACCAUGAGCCUGUGGGUAGUGGAACCCUGAUCUCACACCCUCUUCCUCUGGUUCAGCCACAGGACGAAUUCUACGACCAGGCCUCACCGGACAAGAGGACUGAAGCUGAUGGAAAUUCUGACCCCAAUUCUGAUGGGCCUUUGGGUCCCCGAGGAUUAGCUGAAGCUACAGAGAUGUGCACCCAAGAAUGUUUGGUGUUGGGUCACUCCGAUAACUGCUGGAUGCCUCCUGGCCUGGGUCCCUAUCAACAGCCCAAAUCUCCUCUCUCCACCUUUGCUCCUCAAAAGGAAUGGGUGAAGAAGGACAAACUGGUGAAUGGGCACACAUUGACCAGGACCUGGAAAGAAGAUAGCAACAGGAACCAGUUCAAUGACCGGAAGCAGUAUGGUCCCAACGAAGGCCAUUUCAACAGUGGCAGCCACAUGAGUGACAUACCAUUGGCUAAUUUGAAGUCUUAUAAACAAGCAUCGGGAGCUGUUGAGAGUCCCAAGGAGCACCAACUAUAAGAAAUGGCUGCUUGGGACUGAAUGACGUUAGCCUAUGUAGACUUGCUAAUACUGUGUGUGUGUCAAGAGCUUUACGUAUUGGGUAGAUCUCUAGAACUAUGCUUCUUAUAACAGGGAUAUGCACAUCUUUGCAUUAGCACUAUGAAAAGUAUGAUGUCAUGCAACUCAAGGGAGAAAAUACUUCUACUCCUGUGGUUUUGUUUACCAGAAUUGAGUAAACUCCACAGAUAUCUCUCUAUAGUGCAAAUAUCCCUUUGCGAGUUUUGUUUUUUGACUCUGGACUGCUGCUAUGAACAACAGAAGAUACACUUGGAAAGUGAGAAAGGUCAAAGGAUUGCAAUGAUUGACAGGCACAUCCAGUUAGAAAAUUGUGCUCUUGUCAUUGAUUUGUGCUGGGACCACCAUACUUGAUGUCAUACUUCAAACAACUUAAAUGAUAAACUUAAACCUAUUGUGCUAUUAACAAUGUUAGUGGACACUUGUCAGUCAAUCAGUGUUCAAGUAUUUGUAAAUAGAAGCAAGUUAUUACUAAUGAUUUUUGUGUACCUAUAACGUUCACCUAAAAUAUACCGUAGCAUAAUUCUGUCUCUUAUGGUUGUUUCCUCUUUUUUUUUUUGGUAUUACUUUUUUUUUCACUUUUUUGUUUUAAUAUUUCUUUUAGUGAUGGUGUGUCUGUGUUAAUAGUCUGUCUGACAUGCACUGUUCCGAGGAAAUCAAAAUACUUGUGUUUUUCUUAUAAAAAGGUUCUGAAAUCUUGCUUCUUGCAUGACAGCCCAUGAGACUCAUGAGCUGGCAAAGAAACUCAUCAGCAACGUUUGAACAACAAAAAAGACUUAUACAAGGGCUGGAAAAGUCUGAACCUAUACUUUUUUAAAAAACUUUUUUCUUUUUCAAAGCAGCAAAAUUGAAAAUAGUCUCUAAUAAGUAGCAUCUGAAAGUGAGAAAUGGAAAAGUAAUAUUCUUCAGGAAGUGAUCCAAUUCAAAGUGAUCAGAAAGGUCAUUGUCACCUAGGCAAUCAGAAUGAAUCACAAUUGGAGCACAUGGAAGAAAUAAAAUCAUAAUUUAAAAAUAGUAGUUAUAUUUGAACAAAUGUGUGUCUAUAACUAAGACAAUUUGUAUUGCUGAAAAGGCAGCUUUUGUGUUUAUGCUCAUCUGCGUUAAUGUUGUAGUAACACGUGUUUUAGACCAUAGCCACAAAAUAUUUAAUGUGUCGUGCCUUCAUGAUGUAACAGAGCAUUCUCCUGGUAGGCUAGUUGGGGGAAAAUAAAGGGUUAAAUCUCUAAUUAUUGCUGUUUAACUGUUUGUUAUCAUAGUUGGUCAAUGCCUGGCAGGUACCAGCAUCAUGUCACUUCAGUGAAACCCAAAGAGUGACUCCUAAUGUUAAUAAGAUCUCAGUUGCACGUACAAACAAAUUCAAAUUUGAACAUUCUUAGGAGGUUUUUGUUAAGGCAUGACAGAUGAUUUAAACAAAUAAAUAGCAUGCAAAAAAAAGAAGUCCUUACUGAGAAAAGUGAAAGUUAACACCACAAUUAAACAUGAAUUUUAAAGGUAAUAAAUAAUAAUAAUAGUAAUAAAUAAAGUUUGCUAAUCUGAUAGUUAAUUUGUUCUUACCAAAAAGUUAUUUUGUAUAUAGCAAUUCACUUUUUUUUCACAUUAUAAUGGUAUAAAAUGGGUUGGGGGUGCAUUGCUUAUUGCAGUACUUAUGUCAGUUUGUGAAGGGUGUUUGAUGACUUUGACGGAAUAAAUAUCUAAACAGUUAUCCUUGUUACUGCUUUGCCAGUUCAACGUUAUUUACAGUUAUUCAGCUCUUGCAAUAAAUGUUCUGAAUUCCCGAU